AUGAUUAGACGAACAGUUUUAGCGGUUUCUGAUCUAUGGGUGAGCUGUAAGAAUGAGUUCAUGUCUGGCGAUCAGGCGAUGAUUCUUCGACUACAAGUAGAAUUCGAUCACUUUAUGUUGCGGUCAAUGAUUGCCAUUUUGACGACCAAUAGACAGGGCGUCUGGACUUUCCUAUCGGUGUUUCCAUUCGACGGCGUGUCUGAGUCGAUGAUGUGGCACAUCCUUUGGGUCGUCUAUAACAAUGGUAGGGAUGAGUUGGACGAGUUGGGAGGUCUUUGUCCAUACUUUAGUGUCAGUUACUGGAAGAAUAAGUUCCAAGAAGUGACCGUUCAAUACCUGUUCAAAGAGAAAUUGAGUUCACUUACGAUCAGUGAAUCGCAGAAUUUGUUGUGUUUAUUGUAUAAUAUGUCGAUUUCGAGGAAUGAGUCCACAGAAAAGGAAUACAUUUCUACUAUAAUUAAAGAGAUUUUUGAGAUCUCUUUACAAUCGCCUCAAUUAAGUGAUAAUAUGACAGAAAAAGGGAAACAUAUUUUAGUGAAAUUAAUUACUCGAUAUAACUCGUUGUUUAAAGUGCUUAUUCGUCAACUCCUGGAACACGACUCUAAUAAUGAGGCAUGCAUUGAGUUAUUCUGUGAAUUACAUAUUCACGUAUGGAGUCCAGACGACGAUGACAUAGAUUUAAUAUCUGAAUGGCUGAUCGCGUAUCCAAUCGAGCAUUUACUCAACAGAAUUGCAAGAAUCAUAUUCUCGCGACUCAAUUGGUCGUACGAUUCGCGAAACAAAGAGCUGUUCAUCGAAGUAGAGAAACACCAAAAAGUUGCCGUCGAUUUGUUCGCUUCGCUUAAUAGUCACUCUCUUAUGAAAACUCCAAAGGAUUGUCAAAAUAGUAAUUUAAAAGAGUUUGGAAGCGAAACAUUGCUAUCGUUGGCUAAAUCUGUUAAUCCGAAUGAUUUCACGAAAUGGGUUUGGAAUGAAUUGAUUACUUUAAAAGUGCAUUCACUAGAACUCAAUGAUAAAGAGUGGGAUUUCCUGUUUGAUGACAAACGAGACGGCAAUCAAGAAGACGGCAAUACUCUUAAAUUGAAUUUCGAUACACUUCUGAUCCCCAUUUGUCGAGGCCUUGAAGAGCAAAACUCUGUCGCCUUAUAUUUAGCUCUCGUUAUGACAGACUUCGGACAAAACAAAUCAAUGGAUAAAAUAAUUGAAUCGCUCGAAACAUUGCUGACAAAUCAACACAAUUUUCCAGUCAUCCAUCUCUUGUAUACUUUGAUACCCUUUCAUCUGAAACAAUACGAAUCACUCGUUUCGGGACCAAAACUAUUGAAUCUUUUGAGUCAAUUGAUUACCGAACGAACCGAUGAUUUUGUUGCACUGAUAUUUCGUCAGUUGUCUAAGUUUUGCAAUAAACACAAUAAACUAAAACUUCUCAUCUGUUGGACUGAAAUGCUGUUUGAAGUGAUUGGCUCUAUAUUGCGAACUCACGCCAACUCUUGGUUUAGUUCCGGCGCCUCAAGACUCCAACAAAUCGCUUACAUAUUUGAAAAGAUUUCAGUUUUAUUAUAUUUGGACCAAAACCUCAAAGAAUUAUAUUUCAAAUAUUUAACGGAUAAUCCAUUCGACAUCCAGUCGUGGAAAAUACCGACUUCCGGAUGGUUUUCAUCGGUGUUUAGUUGGGGCUCAAAGUCGAAUCAAAAGUGCGAAUGGAUUACUCCUUUCCAUUUGAUUUACAAACAAAACGCCAGUAAUGUAUGGCUCGCUUGGCUUUUCAUUCAAACGGAUGCCAUUCGUUUCGAUAAAGUUUGGGAUCAAAUUGUACACGAAGUCAACGAAAGCUCUGAAGUCGCUAUAGAAUCAGUCGUUAAGUCAAUUUGUCAAAAAGAAAGUCAUUCAGCGAUUCCUUUGCCAUUACUUCCAAUCAAUUCGUGGUCAACACUGGCGGUCAAUUCGGUGGCCAAACCUCCCCACGUAAUGGAACCGUUUGUUUGGUUCAAAUUCUUCCAAUUAUUCUUCACGUGUAGUGAUUCAUGUCGUUCUGUUGGACAGACAUUUAUUUCCGACGAAAAACGCAAGAAAUUAAUUGUAAAAUUAAAUAAUUUAAUUGAUUUUCAUCACAAACAAUGGCUGAAGAGUGAACCAAAUGAUACACUAAUCAAUACAACCGACGACGAGUUGACUAAAUUAUACAGGGCUUACAUCCUAUGGCUGGAAGACUCUCAACUCCACGAAGUAUUUGUUAAUACGGAUGAACUUCCGCCACAAUAUCUCAAAGAUUUGCUCAAAUAUGCCAUUUCUAACACUGAAUGUCCGAACUUUUAUGAUAAAUACAUUGAUAUAAAGCGCAUUCAAAUGGAAACUUCAAAGAUAUACGAGUUUUGGUUUGAAUUGCAUUCAACUUCUCUCGCAUCAAAUUUUGUCUAUGAAAAUGACGAUAAAAUAUCUAAAAUUGACGAUGAAUUGCCACUAAAUAUGCCUGAAGUGAAGAAAACAAAUUUGGAUUCUUUUAAUAUAAACCUCGAGGCUAUUGAAAACAGUUCGGCUCUCUUGUUGUUAAUUCAACAUAACGUUAGAGUCGUGUUAGAAGAGGCGAAAUUCUUUGAAAAUCUGUUGCAAAAAUUUGAUGAUUUGAAUAAGAAUUUAAUGCAAUCAUUGCCUGAUCUCUACCCUAACAUUAAAAAAGAAGUAAGUCUUACAAUGAAAUUGAAUCCUAUAAUAACUAUU